CCGAUCUAAUGUUCUAUUUUUGUAGAUUUCUGCUGCAAACAAAAUCGAUCAGUUUAAUCGCUUCCCACCUUUCAUUGUGGGAAAAACCGGCGCACGCUACUUAACCGCCUACUUUACUGACCCACAAAAUAUUUGCAACAAGAAAAUUCGUAGAAAUACCAGAAUGGUUGGUGACUUAUGAUCCUUAACAGUAAUAAGACGAUGCCUGAUGGAUCUUUUAUCAACGUACCAUUGAAAGAAAGCUGGAUGUAUGGAACAUUGUGGAACAAAGGGGGAUGUGUUCCAGCUAUGGGUCGCCAUUAUUUUUUCAACAUGACUGCGAAUAUGAACUGCUCCGAUUUUGUGCCUUUGUUUUUGCUUUACAACAAAGGUGUAUUAAACGGAUUUGGUUGGAAAAUGGGAGGUCAUAUCAACAGCCCCACUGGCAGACUAGUACGCACCAAAUGCUCUGCUGAGAAAAUUUUUCCAGCCUGGAAUUGAAUGGCCCCUAUGUUUGGACGAUCGAUCAGUUUCACAGCCUUCAGUUUCUUCGCAACAUAUUUAUUUAGAUAUUAACCCUACAAAGAACUUGUGUUAACAUUUACCCUAUGAUCAAUUGAUGUAAUGAUUUUCUGCAAAUAUAAUUUACGAGCAGUAAUUGUUCCAUUAUUUCGAA